CUGUUGUCCGAUUGUUAACGUAUUCUAUGCUUUUAAAACAGCAUGUUUAAAAGUUGGUUAUGAUGUUUUGUUUAUUUUUGUUGUAAAAUCAUUUAACAAUGACUAUGGAUCGAGCAUUAUUAGAAGUUUUAAAUAAUACUCAAGAACCUUUAGCUAAAAGAUUAAAACUUGCAGACAAUGUUUUUAAAGUUCCUCAGAUAUCAAUGCCAGGCAAAGAAAUCUUUUUGUUAAAGUGGUUGUUUGAAAAUUCGUACGAUAACAAUUGCUGCCUGGAAGUUUAUGAUUUGGCUUUGAAAUGGGUUGAAUGUGAAGACUUCAAAGGGCUAUGUCCAAAUGAUAUAAUAAUAGAGGACUUUUUUAAGUUCCUGGAGAUUUUAGUGGAGAAAAUGCAAAUAAAUUUAAAAAAUACAGUCUUGAGUAAUAAAAUUAUCAACUUAGUAUUGUGCAUUACUGAAGUUAAGUUGUUUAGGGAAUAUUUUAAGCACAAUUUAAAAAUGUAUAUGAAACUUCUUUCCUCUGCAAUCAAAAACACGCAAUCCGUUACUGACAUUACUGAUUUUUUGAAGAGGCAAUGGGCCAUUAACAAGAGCCUUGUUGGGGAAGAAAAGUUUUAUAAAUAUUUCUUAGAAAUUCUAGCUCCUGUAUUAAUAUUAAGUUUAAUAGAUUUCAGUAAAAAUGCUCAUUUGUUUGAGGAAAUUUCGAAAGUUUUCCAAAAGUCCAUAUUCCAAAGUAACACAAAUCAUUUUGAAACAUGCCUAGAUCAAUAUUUUAAAAACCAAGUUGCUGAAAAACAGCAUAGUUCCUUUAUAAAGGCUGUUAUGAAGUUUUUGUUAUCUUCAUAUUCUUUGGAUUCAAGCAAUGCUGUUAUUAGUUACCAGUUGUUGUAUAAUGCGCUUUGCCGCGCAUAUAGUUCAGCAACAUUGAGGUAUCAGUUUUUUGUAGUAAUAGUUCAAUUGAUAGGAUUUGAUCUUAAACUGAACUUUGAAUUAGAACAAGUUCCAAAAUUAAAAACACAGUUUGAUUUCACGAAAUCCUUGGAGAUAUACUUAGGUUUACUUGAGGUUUUGAAUCCCACCACUUUAAUUGAUGUAGAACUUGAAAAGGUUAAUAUUAAUGAUUUUCUUCGGAAUAUAUUGAAGUCGCUGAUAUUCUUCAACAUUCAUACUAGUACGGUAUACCAGAUAUUCUCAAAAACUGUAGAAAUCAGCCCGUUGGUGAUUGAACCAAUAGCGGGAGAAGUGGUACGGUUUAUAAUGCUGGCAAAUAACGAAAGAGUAAUGGAAGAUUAUGAGAAUUUGGUAAUAUCAACAUUCAACAUAUUCGCUAAGCUUCAUAGGACUGAAAAAUUUGUAGCGAAAAUGAUUCAAGCAUUAGGCAAGCCACCUUUCGAGCAAGAAACACCGCCUAAACAAAUUUAUGGUUUUCUGAAAAUAUUAAAUUUUGAAAAGCCCGCCAAUAUCAAUUUGUGUGCAUCGACAAUAUUUUCGGAAAGAAUAUUACAAUGUUUCACAAACUGUAUAUAUGAAUUAGCUAGUUGGCAGGUGGUCAACCUUUUAAAAACUCUUUGUUAUCAUUUAAAGAUUGCUGUAGAGCAAUUUUUUCUCAAAGAUGUCAACAAGUCAGACAAACACCAAUCUUUAUUCUUGGAAAUCGUGGGAGUCUUGACUUGCAGAUUGUUGCAAAGUAAUAAAAUGGCAGAUCAUUUGAUCCCUCCAAAUUCGGUUAAGAAAUUUGUCAGCGGUUUAGAAGAGCUCAAAGAAAUUUUCAGAUUCUUCGGAAAGUCUAUGUUGUUGAGGGAACAUAAUAAUGACAUUAUGAGAACAUUUUUAAAUUUGUGUUACGUUUGGGGCGAGGUGUACAUGACUUUAACGUAUUAUUCUGUGGACGCGGGAAUCGCGAUGGACAGAGUCGCGGAUAAUACUUACACAGCGUGCCACUUAAUGUACGUCCAUCCCUAUCUGGACCUCAGCCAAUGGCAGCUCAUAUCGCAGAGGAUCACCAAUUUUGGCGAAUAUGAAUGCAAAAAGUUGUUGCAAAUGUUUUUCGUUCAGAAAAUACGGGCGAUCUUAUUGUUCGAGGGCAACGUCGGCGAGCAGGUGUGCUCCAACGUGAUUAAAACGAUCGAAAGUCAUAUGGAGGAUACGUGGCAUGAUCUGUUGUCCGACAAGUUCGUUGUCAGUUUUCUCUUGCCGAAAAUGGAAGGAAAAUCGAAAAUAUUUUUGGCAGAGCAUCUCGUCGGCGAUAAGGCCUUGUGGACGGAGCCUCACGUCAUGGAUUCUAUGUGUCUUUUAAACUCCGUGCAUUUCGUCCUCAUGUCGAAAAUAAGCAAAUUGCUAAGACGUAAGAGGAAACAGCAAGAGGUUCGAUCGAAGGUGCUCAGCUCAACGCUAUUGACGCGUAUUCCAGAAUCGGUCUUCCUAAGUGACGAAUCGUGCGAAGUUAGCGACAUCUUCGAAGAAAUCCAAGCGAAAUUGUCAACGUGCGAUGGCGGCGCCACUGUUAACGUUGCCGACGACGCCGUUAACGAUCUGCUGGUCGUUUUUAAAAAGUUUCCCAUUAUUUACGGCAGUGUUUUGCAGCAGAAGAUUUUGCUGAUGUACCUAUUCAGUUUGUACUGUGACGUACCGGUGGAGGCCAGACGUACCUGCGAGGCUCUCAUUAUAGGUAGUUUGCAGUCCUGCAAAUUUCAAUUGACGGAAUUUAAUGUGGCCGAAUUGUGCGCGUGGAUUUUGUCGAAUUGCGAGCGCAGCCAUGUUGUCUUUUCGCUAGUCUUGAGCAAUGUGUUCAAAGAGGAAGAGUCUAUCGCGAAAUUUGUACCUUUUAUACAUUGCAUGACGCAAAAUUUGAACGAUCCUAGAUUUUUGCGAGCCAGUCUGCUCGUGCUGAACGCGAUCGGCCGAGCGAAAAAUUCUAAAAUUGAUUCCGAGAAAAAGGCCGAGCUAAGAGAAAAAAUUUAUCGCGAACUCGUGGCGGAGGUAACCUCGAAAGCAAAGUUUUCGAUUGAAACUUACGCCGCGUGCCUUAAGCAUUAUCUGGCGACGGACGCCACUGGCGAUGACGCCGCCAGGCUUUUGGAACGUUUUGACUCAUAUAGCGUUCACAUAUUCGAAAACGUCUUGUCCCAUGAUGACGUCCGAGGAAGUUUGAGAUUAUUUAGCACCGCUUUGCACAACAAACAGAAAAUUCCCCAGCUGAAUGGUGAUUUUCUGUCGAGGAUCUGGAGGUUCGUUAAGGGUUUGGACGUGGCCGUCGAAGAUACCGAUCAGUACGCUCAGUUGGUGAAAUUGAUCGUCACUCUUGUUCCUAACGAUCAAUUCCGCCAUAUUUUGGAGGAUCUUUCGAAUUUUCCCACUCACAAUGACGAAAUUGCGUUGGAAAAAAUGUUAAGAAGUUGGGAAUCGAUAUUGGCUUGUGACAUCAACCCUAUAAAAAUGCAGAUAUGGCAAGCAGCUGUCGAGCAGCUCAUUCAAUUCUUCAUCGUUACACUUCAAGCUGCCGAAACUAGCAAUAAAGUAAUGAAAAUGUUAGUUCAUGCAGCAGAAAAUAUAACUGAAGCAGAUCAUUUUGUGUUGACGUCAAGUUUAAUAGACAUGCUGAUAAUCCUCGUUUCGAUUGUAAUAACGCGUUACAGUGACUUCGAUGGUGCGUGCGCAGGCUGUAUUUCCAUUUUAGAAAAGCUGUUGAAAUUCAGGCACGCCCUUAUAAUGGAUAGACUGCCGCCUUUCUUGCAACAGUAUCGUAGCGUUUUAAAACACGUCUGCAAACGAAGUAACUCCGAACUAAAUCUGUCGGCUGGCGAAGUGAACAAAAUGGCGGAUUUAGCCCGUAAAUUCGAGAAACUCACGACGACAUUGGUGUCAUUUAAGAAAGAUAUGGCCAGGAUAUCCUUGUACUUGAUAGCCGACAUUCUCCAACGAUACGAAGAAGUAAAUUUGUACUCGAGCGUGAAACUUCACGUGAACAACUGCGUCUAUAGUUUAUUAUCGUUGUGCGAUCACCACGCCGUCUCGUACCUCAUGCGGGCCUUGUCAAAAGCUUCAACUGAAAUGUUUAAGGUUAUGUAUGAACACUAUAAGAAGUAUUACAUGUUCACCGGGAAGGUCUGAAUAUUGUUUUGUAUAUCGAUUAUAGUAAAGUUUGUUACAAAACUCAGUGUCAGUUUUGAAUUCCCUCAAAUUUCAUUAUUCUUUAAUUGCACGAAUCAAAAAAUAGGUAUAAUAUUUUAAGCCAGAGCAGUCACCUUGAUCUACUGGAACGGCAUAAUAUAAAAGUGAGACACCUUUUACUUUU